AUGGAUGUAAAUGAUAAUCCUUUCAUUAAAAAUCGAUCGAGCACCCGAGUGACAAAUGCGCCUGGGGGUAAUUCCACGUUAUCAUUUGGCAAUUAUAUUAGUGAAGAAAAUGAAAAACUUCGAGUCAGGAAAGGACAUGCCGGAUCACAAAUGACUCCAAAUACAGAAGCCGCUGGAAAUACAGAUGUUAAAAAAAUGUCAAAUCAAUCGGACAGAAAAACGAAUGUAAAAGUAAAUCAACCACCUGGAGGAGCAUCAAGCAUCAUAUUUGGUUAG